CACUGACCACAACAUUGAUAACACCACAGCAAUCCUUAGAGAGUGGCUGAAGAACGUGCAGAACCUCUACCACGAUGUGGAGUGGAGGCCAAUGGAAGACCCUCCGUCUUACCCAGAAGAAAUUGGGCCAAAACAUUGGCCAAGCUCCCGAUUCACUCAUGUGAUGAAACUCCGACAGGCUGCCCUGCGUGCUGCGCGAGAGAAGUGGUCAGACUACAUCCUGUUUAUUGAUGCAGAUAAUUUACUGACAAACCCACAAACCUUGAACCUGAUGAUAGCAGAAAACAAGACGUUGGUGGCACCGAUGCUCGAGUCUCGCUCUCUCUACUCUAACUUCUGGUGUGGCAUCACUCCCCAGGGCUAUUACAAAAGGACCUUGGAUUAUCCCCUGAUUCGGGAAUGGAAGAGGACAGGCUGUUUUCCUGUCCCGAUGAUUCAUUCCACAUUCCUCAUUGACCUGAGGAAAGAGGCCUCCACCAAGCUGAUGUUCUACCCUCCACACCAGGACUACACCUGGAGCUUUGACGAUAUCAUGGUCUUUGCCUUCUCCAGUCGCCAAGCAGGAAUACAAAUGUUCAUCUGCAACCGGGAACACUAUGGUUUCCUUCCCAUGCCCCUGAAAUCACACCAGACGCUGCAAGAAGAAACAGAGAACUUUGUGCACACACUAAUCGAGGCUAUGAUCGAUCGACCUCCCAUUGAACCCUCUCAGUAUGUCUCUGUUCCUCCGAAGAACCCUGACAAGAUGGGAUUUGAUGAAAUUUUCAUGAUCAAUCUGAAGCGCCGGAAAGACAGGCGGGAUCGGAUGCUGCGGACUCUCUAUGAGCAGGAGAUUGCGGUCAAAAUUGUGGAGGCUGUGGAUGGAAAAGCACUGAACACAAGUCAGCUCAAAGCUCUCAGCAUUGAUAUGCUCCCAGGGUACCGGGACCCAUAUUCCUCCAGGCCGCUGACCAGGGGAGAAAUCGGCUGCUUCCUUAGUCACUAUUACAUCUGGAAGGAGGUGGUGAACAGAGAACUGGAGAAGACGCUUGUUAUUGAGGAUGAUGUGCGCUUUGAACACCAGUUUAAAAGGAAGCUCCUGAAGCUGAUGGAUGACAUCGAACAAGCCCAGCUAGACUGGGAGCUUAUCUACAUUGGCCGGAAAAGGAUGCAGGUGCAGGAGCCUGAGAAAGCAGUUCCCAAUGUCAUGAAUCUGGUGGAAGCUGAUUACUCGUACUGGACCCUGGGGUACGCAAUCUCCUUCCAAGGAGCUCAGAAACUCAUCGGAGCUGAGCCUUUCGGCAAGAUGCUGCCUGUAGAUGAAUUUCUGCCCGUCAUGUACAACAAGCACCCCGUAGCAAAGUACAUGGAGUACUAUGAAUCCAGAGACUUGAAAGCCUUUUCAGCCGAACCCCUGCUUGUUUACCCCACGCACUACACAGGGCAGCCAGGCUACCUCAGCGACACCGAGACCUCUACAAUCUGGGACAACGAGACCGUGUCAACAGACUGGGACAGAACACACUCCUGGAAAUCCCGGCAGCAGGGCAAGAUCCAGAGUGAGGCCCAGAACAAGGAUGCUUUGCCUUCCCAGUCAUCUCUCAACGUGCCGUCCUCCAGGGAUGAACUAUGA